CCCCUUUUCCAUCCAUUGGUCCACGAUUUCGGAGACACUGUUUCACCCCCAUCCACCCACGUACCACUUAUUCCCAUCACCAGUCGAGUGCGGAGGUUCCAUCUGACAACAUACCGAUGUGGGUGUGAGCGAAUUUCAAGCAAUUCAAGAUGAUGAAAUUCAAGGUCACGGGCCUCGUGGCCGACCUUAUGCCCAACAUUCGGCUCAUCCAAGCGUCCGGGCACUUCAUGCUCAACUACCAUGCCGAUAAUUCCGGCGCCUUGCACACCCUCAGGCUCGGCUACUGCUGCAUGCACCUGGUGUUCGUCCUAGUCCAAUAUGGUUGUAAUUUCGUUAAUUUGGUACUGGAACGUGGUGACGUCAACGAUUUGGCUGCCAACACCAUCACGGUGCUGUUUUUCACGCAUUGUGUCACGAAAUUCGUGUAUUUCGCGGUCAGGUCGAAACUUUUCUACCGAACUUUAGGUAUUUGGAACCAACCAAACAGUCAUCCGUUGUUUGUUGAGUCGAAUAAUCGCUACCACGGCAUUGCUUUGAAAAAAAUGCGGCGCUUGCUCUAUAUUAUAAUCAUCUGGACGUCCUUCAGUGCUAUUGCUUGGACCGGUAUCACGUUCGUGGGUGAUAGCGUCCACAAUAUCAAGGACCCAGAAAACGAAAAUUUGACCAUCACUGAACCCAUCCCACGCUUGUUGGUCAAGGCAUGGUACCCAUGGGACGCCAUGAGCGGCAUGCCCUACUACAUAACCCUCGUGUUCCAAAUCUACUACGUUUUUUUCUCACUCGCGCACGCAAACCUCCUCGAUAGCCUCUUCUGUUCGUGGCUGAUUUUCGCCUGCGAGCAGUUGCAACACUUGAAAGAGAUCAUGAAGCCUUUGAUGGAACUUUCGGCAACUCUGGACACCUACGUGCCGAAGAGUGCCGACUUGUUCCGAGCGCCGAGCGCCACCUCGCAGGACCAACUCAUCGAAAAUGAUUACAAUGAGAAAAACGAGGAUCUUAAGGGGGUGUAUAGCACGCGCCAGGAGCUCGGCGGCCAUUUUAGGGGCGGGGCGUUGCAGAAUUUCGGUAGUGGGGGCGUUGGGCCGAACGGUUUGACCAAAAAACAGGAGUUGAUGGUCAGGUCGGCGAUCAAAUACUGGGUGGAGCGCCACAAACACGUCGUCAGGUUGGUCACGGCCAUCGGUGAUGCGUAUGGUGUGGCACUCCUGCUCCAUAUGCUGACGUCUACGAUCAUGUUGACGCUUUUGGCCUAUCAGGCUACGAAAAUCACAGGGGUGGACAAAUACGCAGCUACGGUUCUGGGCUAUUUGCUGUUUGCGUUAGCCCAAGUGUUUCAUUUUUGUAUUUUUGGCAACCGCCUCAUUGAGGAGAGCUCUUCGGUGAUGGAGGCGGCCUAUAGUUGCCAUUGGUACGACGGGUCGGAGGAGGCUAAGACUUUUGUACAGAUCGUCUGCCAACAAUGUCAGAAGGCUAUGUCCAUUUCCGGUGCUAAAUUCUUCACGAUUUCGUUAGAUCUGUUCGCUUCGGUACUGGGCGCUGUGGUGACCUACUUCAUGGUGUUGGUGCAACUCAAAUGAGGGGUUUUUCGUUGCGUACGGUUGGUAGUUCCUUAAUUUCUGCACGUGACGUUUUGAAAAUUGUGAUAAUUAGACGGCACUGAUUUUUCAAGUUACACAGCAUUCAUAAGUGUCUUAAUUCAAGAUGGCGAGUACCUGAUAAUGGCGGUGACAAGGGGAAAUAAUAACGCUCUAGACUUAGUUACUUCUAUUUUACCUAAUAAAGUUUACCCUAA